UUAAAAGCCACCAAUCACAGUGCACAGCUGGCCCCAUGGGCGACGUCCAGCACGCCGCCAAGUUCGUGCUCGCGGUCCUCGUCGUCUGCACGUGCUUGGUCAUGGUCAUGAACUGGAACCUCGUGAGCUCAUCGACGGAUGCGCCGCGCGAGGACACUUCGAUGAUGACGUGGCACGGCGCCAAGGCCAACCUCGCGAUCGGCGCCCGAGCCACGCCCAACGUCACCAACGCCUCAUCAGACGGCGUCUUUGCUCCACGAAGCAUUCGGUUCCUCACGCUCGCGGACGACGUUCGUCCCAACAUUUGCCAUCUCGCUGCUUCUAUCUACCAGCAAGGCAACGUCCUCGAAGUCUUGGGCUGGGACCACAGUGACACAUUCUUUGACGGCGCGUCGUGCGGCGCCCGUUGCAAGACGCCACCCGAAGGCACAGAUAUGUUGCGGUUUGGCCAAGAAAAGAAGCUGCACUGGCUGCUGCAUUACUUCGAGCUCAAGCCCGACCUGCACGACGACGACCUCGUGCUCUUCACGGAUGCGUGGGACGUCAUUGUGAACGGCGACACGACGACGCUCACGGACCUUUUUCUGCGCCACACAAACCACAAGCGCGGCGUCAUCUUUAACGGCGAACCAGCGUGCGGCGACUCGUUUACGCUCCCGACCGAGUACGGCGAGAAGCUGCGCCGCCGCAGCUGGCGCGUGCAGCUCGAGAGAGACCAGAACCCGCGUAUGAUUCGCGGCGACAAUGUCUGCAACGCGAUGGCGGCCAAGACGCUAUCAUCGGCGCACAUUCCCGGACCAAACUGGAGCCUCGGGUCGGGCGGCAUCCUCGGCGACGUUCGUAGCAUUCGCAACUUCCUCCGCAAGGUCCACGAGAUCCGACGCGAGCAAGAAGUGCUGUUCGAGAAGGACCCGCAGCACGCCUUUCUCUUUCAAGGCGACCAGAUCUUAUUCCAGCUUGCGUACCUCCAGUCGCCCGAGAUCAACACCAAGGUCGAUGCGAGCGGCGAGAUCUUCUUCGUCAUCUCGCGCCUCGUGGCCGACGGCGACUUUGACGAGUUUUCGCCCGCAAGAGGCUGCACGCGCAACUACAUGGCGCGCGGUCGCGCGUCGGUGUACGCGUGGAAUCGGGUCGCACCCGUCUUCUUCCACUUCCCCGGCGACUACAAGGAGGUGUUUUGGUCCUGCGCGGCACCGACGUCGCACUACAGAGAAUCCCGCGGCGUCGGCCAGUACAUGAUUGACGUCGACCGCAACCGACGGGUGCCCGUGGCCGACGUUUGCCCCACGUUUGUCUGAAAAUCUCAAAUUCUUCCGUGCAUGCGUGUUUCGUUGGCGAACAGGGU